UUAGAGGCGGCGCCAGGGCGGCCGCGGAGAAACGUGACACACCAGCCCGCUCGGAGGGGUUUCGGACAGAAGGGAAGGAGCUGCGCCGCGUCGUCCGCCUCCCAGCGCGCCGCGGGCACUUCUCCCGGGCCUCCCCGAACUCUCCCGCGACCUCUGCGCGCCCUCAGGCCGCCCUCCCCGCCGCGGGCUCCGGACAACUUCAGGGGUGGGGUGCGAAGAAAGUUUGCGGCUGCUGCCUCCGGCCUCCCGCCUCUCGGCCUAGGAGGCUCGCCGCCCGCGCCCGCCCGCUCGGCCUUGCCAGGGACCGCGUCCCGCCCCGAGACCGCCACCAUGAACAAGCUGUACAUCGGCAACCUCAACGAGAGCGUGACACCCGCGGACUUGGAGAAAGUGUUUGCGGAGCACAAGAUCUCCUACAGCGGCCAGUUCUUGGUCAAAUCCGGCUAUGCCUUCGUGGACUGCCCCGACGAGCACUGGGCGAUGAAGGCCAUCGAAACUUUCUCCGGGAAAGUCGAAUUGCAAGGAAAACGCCUAGAGAUUGAACACUCGGUCCCCAAAAAACAAAGGAGUCGGAAAAUUCAGAUUCGAAAUAUCCCACCCCAGCUCCGUUGGGAAGUGCUGGACAGCCUGCUUGCUCAGUACGGUACAGUGGAGAACUGCGAGCAAGUGAACACCGAGAGUGAGACGGCGGUGGUGAAUGUCACCUAUUCCAACCGGGAACAGACCAGGCAAGCCAUCAUGAAGCUGAAUGGCCACCAGCUGGAGAACCAUGCCUUGAAGGUCUCCUACAUUCCUGACGAGCAGAUAGCACAGGGUCCUGAGAAUGGGCGUCGAGGCGGCUUUGGCUCUCGGGGUCAGCCCCGCCAGGGCUCCCCUGUGGCAGCGGGGGCCCCAGCCAAGCAGCAGCAAGUGGAUAUCCCCCUGCGGCUCCUGGUGCCCACCCAGUAUGUGGGUGCUAUCAUCGGCAAGGAGGGGGCCACCAUACGAAACAUCACGAAACAGACCCAGUCCAAGAUAGACGUGCACAGGAAGGAGAACGCAGGUGCUGCGGAGAAGGCCAUCAGCGUCCACUCGACCCCGGAGGGCUGCUCGUCUGCCUGUAAGAUGAUCUUGGAGAUCAUGCACAAGGAAGCCAAGGACACCAAAACGGCUGACGAGGUUCCCCUGAAGAUCCUGGCCCAUAAUAACUUUGUGGGGCGUCUCAUUGGCAAGGAAGGGCGCAAUCUGAAGAAAGUAGAGCAGGACACAGAGACGAAGAUCACCAUCUCCUCGUUGCAGGACCUCACCCUCUAUAAUCCCGAGAGGACCAUCACUGUGAAGGGGGCCAUCGAGAACUGCUGCAGGGCCGAGCAGGAGAUCAUGAAGAAGGUUCGGGAGGCCUAUGAGAACGACGUGGCCGCCAUGAGUCUGCAGUCACAUCUCAUACCCGGCCUGAACCUGGCGGCUGUAGGUCUUUUUCCAGCUUCGUCCAGCGCGGUCCCGCCACCUCCCAGCAGCGUCACUGGGGCUGCUCCCUACAGCUCCUUUAUGCAGGCCCCGGAGCAGGAGACGGUGCAGGUGUUCAUCCCAGCGCAGGCGGUGGGGGCCAUCAUCGGGAAGAAGGGACAGCACAUCAAACAGCUCUCGCGCUUCGCCAGCGCCUCCAUUAAGAUUGCUCCUCCUGAAACUCCUGACUCCAAAGUUCGUAUGGUCAUCAUCACUGGACCCCCAGAAGCCCAAUUUAAGGCUCAGGGAAGAAUUUAUGGAAAACUCAAGGAGGAGAACUUCUUUGGUCCCAAGGAGGAAGUGAAGCUGGAGACCCACAUCCGGGUGCCGGCGUCCGCUGCUGGCAGAGUCAUUGGCAAAGGUGGCAAAACGGUAAAUGAGUUGCAGAAUUUGACAGCGGCCGAGGUGGUGGUGCCAAGAGACCAGACUCCGGAUGAGAAUGACCAGGUCAUCGUCAAGAUCAUUGGGCAUUUUUAUGCCAGCCAGAUGGCACAGCGGAAGAUACGAGACAUCCUGGCCCAAGUUAAACAGCUGCACCAAAAGGGACAGAGUAACCAGGCCCAGGCACGGAGGAAGUGACCAGCCCCACUCCCUGUCACAUCGACUCAAGGACAACAGGCUGAAGUCGAGAGCGCGUUCUCCCCAGCAGGCCUGAGAAUGAGUGGGAAUCAGGGACACUUGGGCCGGGAUGUAGAUCAGGUUUGCCCACUUGCUUGAGAAAAGACGUUCCAGUGAGGAACCCUGAUCCCUCGGCCCCACACGCCCAACCCAUUGGCCCGACACUGCCCGCCCCUCAGGGUGUCACCAUGGCGAUUCUAGCUCAGGGUGCUUUUAAACGUGGAUUGUUGAAGUAAGUUCUCCAGGUCCCACCGAGAGGGUGGGUCAGACCCCAGUGGGAAGAGAAAUAAAAUUUCCUUCAGGUUUUUUCAAUCAUUCAAGAGGGGUGUUUCAAUCAGCCUCAAAGGAUGGUUUGCUUCUUGACCCUAAAAUCCUUCCAGCCUUCUCCUACUUGGUCCAUUGAUUAAAAUACCUCUAUUCUCAUGCCCUGA